GUUCUCCAGCGCUGCCCAGCAACAUGGUAUAUUUUGGAAGCUCUCAGGACGAGGAGGAGGAUGAAGAAGAGGAUGAGGAGACAGAGGAUACAAAGGCAGCCACAAACAAUACUUCAUCUUCAUGCCAGUCAACCCCCAGGAAAGGAAAAAUACAUAAGCACGUUUCAAAUGGGCAUGUCUUCAAUGGGUCCAGCAAAUCAACGAAGGAGAAAGAAACUACCCAUAAACACAAAAGCAAAGAGACCACAUCGGGGAAGGAGAGGAACAGUGAACACAGGGCUGAGAGCCGAAAAGACCAGGCUGCUGCUAAUCACCAUCCUACUACAAAUACUGGCUCCUCAACGAAAGGGCUCACUGCUAACAACCACCACCCUCUUCAUAGAUCGGCUCAGGACUUAAGGAAACAGGUUUCUAAGGUCAACGGAAUCACUCGAAUGUCAUCUCCAGGUGCAAAUGCAGCCAGUGCCAAAAAGAUGAGAGAAGUCAGACCUUCACCAUCCAAAACUGUGAAGUACACUGCAACAGUGACAAAGGGAACCGUCACAUACACCAAAGCCAAGAAAGAACUGGUCAAGGAAACCAAACUAAAUCACCACAAACCCAGUUCACCUGUUCACCAUACAAUCUCAGGGAAAACAGAAAGUAGCAAUGCAAAAACCCGCAAACAGGUGCUAUCCCUUGGAGCGUCCAAGUCUAACAAUAUCGCUGUUAAUGGUGUCAAGGUCAAUGGCAAGUUGAACCAAAAGGCAUGCACUAAGGAGGUGGGGAGACAGUUGAGAGAGGGGCUGCGCAAUUCUAAGAGGAGGCUGGAAGAGACGAAUCAUAUAGACAAAAUACAGUCACCCAGCAAGAAAAUGAAAGGGGCGGUCAGCUUGACAGAAGCUGCAAGCAAAAAGGCAGCAGUGGAAAAGCCCUUGCUGAAUGGACAUGUGAAAAAGGAAGUGCCAGAGAAGAUUCUGGAAAGAAAUAGGCCGAAAAGAGCCACUGCUGGAAAGAAUACGCCAGGGAAACAAGCACACGGUAAAACUGAAAAUGCCUCCUGUGAAAAUCAUUCUACCUCUCAAACUGAGUCCUUGCACAAGCCACACGACUCAACAGGAAAGCACGAAAAGGGUAGUAGCAAGUCUGGGUGGGCAAUGAUGGAUGAGAUUCCCAUCCUUCGGCCCUCCGCGAAGGAGUUCCAUGACCCGUUGAUAUACAUUGAGUCAGUCCGAGCUCAGGUAGAGAAGUAUGGGAUGUGUAGGGUGAUUCCUCCUGCAGACUGGAGACCUGAGUGCAAGCUGAAUGAUGAAAUGCGGUUUGUGACACAGAUUCAGCACAUACACAAGCUCAGCAGGCGCUGGGGACCCAACGUGCAGCGGCUGGCCUGCAUCAAGAAGCACCUCAAAUCUCAGGGCAUUAGCAUGGAUGAGCUCCCACUCAUCGGAGGCUGUGAGCUAGAUUUGGCCUGCUUUUUCCAGCUGAUCAAUGAAAUGGGUGGCAUGCAGCAAGUGACUGACCUCAAGAAAUGGAACAAGCUGGCAGAUAUGCUACGCAUCCCCAGAACUGCACAGGACAGGCUAGCAAAGCUGCAGGAAGCCUACUGCCAGUACUUGCUCUCCUAUGACUCCCUCUCCUCUGAGGAGCACAAGAAACUAGAGAAGGAAGUCCUGCUGGAAAAGGAGAUCUUAGAGAAGAGGAAAGGUCCUUUGGAGGGACACUCAGAAAACGCCUAUAAGUUCCAUUCCUUGCCCCGGUUCGAGCCCAAAAAUGGACUCAUCAAUGGUGUGGUUCACAAAAACGGCUUCCGUAACAAGUUGAAAGAAGUUGAUAUCCCAUUGAAAACGGGCAGGCGGCGACUCUUCGCUCAGGAAAAGGAGAUCGAGAAGGAGGAGGAGGAGAAGGGAGUUCUUAGCGAUUUACACAAGUGUAUAUACAAGGGUAGGUCUGUUUCUUUAACAACCUUUUACCGGACAGCAAGAAACAUCAUGAACAUGUGCUUCAGCAAGGAGCCUUCGGUAGCUGAAAUAGAGCAAGAAUACUGGAGGUUAGUGGAACAGAAGGAUUGCCAUGUAGCAGUGCACUGUGGGAAAGUGGAUACCAACACACAUGGGAGCGGCUUUCCUGUGGGAAAAUCUGAACCAUUCUCAAGGCAUGGGUGGAACCUUACAGUCCUUCCUAAUAAUACAGGAUCCAUCCUGCGACAUCUUGGUGCUGUGCCUGGAGUGACAAUUCCUUGGCUAAAUAUUGGCAUGGUCUUUUCUACCUCAUGCUGGUCUCGAGACCAAAAUCACCUUCCAUACAUUGACUACUUACACACUGGUGCUGAUUGCGUUUGGUAUUGCAUUCCUGCUGCGGAAGAGAACAAACUUGAUGAUGUGGUACAUACCCUGCUGCAAGCCAAUGGCACUCCAGGGCUGGAAAUGCUUGAAAGCAAUGUUAUGAUCUCCCCAGAGGUCUUGUGCAAAGAGGGGAUCAAGGUGCACCGUACUGUACAGCAGAGUGGGCAGUUCGUUGUCUGUUUUCCAGGAUCCUUUGUGUCUAAAGUGUGUUGUGGCUACAGUGUUUCUGAAACAGUGCACUUUGCUACCACCCAGUGGACAAGUAUGGGUUUUAAAACUGCCAAGGAAAUGAAGCAGCGACGUAUAGCCAAACCAUUUUCAAUGGAAAAGUUGCUUUAUCAGAUUGCAACGGCAGAAGCAAAAAAGGAAAAUGGACCGACUCUCACUACAAUAUCGGCACUUCUUGGAGAGCUCAGGGACACAGAACUGAGGCAGCGGCGGCAGCUUUAUGAGGCAGGCCUCCAUUCUUCAGCCCGCUAUGGGAGCCACGACAGCAGUAGCUCGGGGGUGGAUGGAAAGAAAAAGCCUCGAAAGUGGUUGCAGUUAGAGACGUCGGAGAGGAGGUGUCAGAUUUGCCAGCACCUAUGUUACCUUUCUAUGGUCGUACAGGAGAAUGAAAAUGUUGUCUUCUGCCUGGAAUGUGCCCUCCGGCAUGUGGAGAAACAGAAGACUUGUCGGGGACUGAAAAUGAUGUAUCGUUAUGACGAGGAACAAAUAAUCGGUCUAGUCAAUCUCUGUGGGAAAGUCUCUGGUAAAAAUGGCAACAUCGAGAACUGUAUCAGCAAGCCUACACCAAAAAGAGGACCUCGUAAGAGAGCAACAGUCGACGUGCCAUCAUCUAGGCUUUCAUCCUCCAGUUCAUCCAAAAGUGCUUCAAGUUAAUCCUGAAGAUGCCAACACUCAUUUUGUCAAUUUAUAUAUAUUUUUUUGUAAUUAUUAUACCAUAGUUUGGAGUACUUGCUGUAGAAUACAAGCUGUCUUUGCACUAGCUCUAAAGAAGAUUUUCUUCUGGUUUUAGAGAACUAAUUUUGUUUUAGCAUUAAACUGUUGAAUUUUUUUUGUACUUAGGAUAGUUAUAUACAGCAGUCAAAUUUUUUUAAACUGCCGUAUGUUCACUGUUUUAAAACCGGCAAGGGGGCUGAUAAAAUAUUAAUUUGUACUGGCCCUAUGGCUGAAAAAAGCCUUUUUUGGUAACUGUGAAAAAAGGCUUUUAACCCAUUUUUGAAUAGGUUAAAGUUUGAUGUGUUUUAUAAUUUGUUCUCCAGUCAUGUGAGCAGAUUUUCUAGAGAGAAAAGGGAUAGGAACAAAACUUGAAAGAAAUUGCUUUACUUUGGCUGUCUUUUAUUCUGUCACAGGCAAGAUGAGUUUUGUAAUUUUUUAAAUUGGAGAAUACACACUUUCUUUGGGAGGUUAUGGCAGCUGAAGAUGGACUUUGUUUCCUAACCAUAAGCAAAAUGAGGAGAUUUGGAGUAAAUAUGUUCUCUUUUACCAGCACAUCACUAUGCAUCUGUUUGAGGGAGGGAGGGUGGGGGGGGGGAGAGAAGGAAAAAAAGACUGCCUGCCUUGAGGGAGUCAAAUGAGGGAAAACUGUGCCUGAUUUCAUUAGGAAAUCCAUUCUGUUAUUUUUUGGUGCUGUUGGCUACUUUAUCAAAAACCCUUCAAUAGCAUCCUUUAAAAAAUAAAAAAGUGAUUGAAGCCAUAAGUGCUUCUUUGUCAUAGACGUGCAAUCUUUCUAACAUUCCAUUUCCAUUCCACUGCUGUUUUUCACAUCUCUACACAGUCAGCAUUAAUUUUUGUUUUGAAUUUUUCAUUAUAUGAUCACAUUUAGAGCCACUAGCAGGUCUGCAUCUUUCUUUUGAAUGUGAAAAUGCAUUUGCUCUCAUCUUGUCUAUUUUUUCUCUUCAUAUUGUAACAAAAAAAAAAUCACACCUUUUGUACAUACGCCUGUAAAUUGUUUUAAAUACUUGAGCCUUUUCUUGGGGUGGGGGGGGUGGGGUGGUAUAGAGACAAGAUGAAGAAAAGCCUUACGUUUCACUUUCUUCAUCGGUUGGAUUGGAUGCUUACAGGGUUUUUCUUGUAACAUUUAUAAGUGCUGCUUACAUCACUGAACAACAACAAAAAAUAAUAAUGGAGUAGCUGUUGCCCUUUUCUGGUUGUGUGUACAGUAUGUGUGGAAUAAAAAAGGGAAAAUGUUUUCACAAACUGUUUUGUUUCAUAAUUGAAUUCAACAAUACCGUAGCUACCCAUAUUGCACUGAGCUUGCCAGUGGUGACUGUCAGGAAAGUCCUAUAAUACAAUUUGUUGGUUGUUGUUGCAGAAGACUGAACUGUUUUGGAAUAUUUAACAAUAACAUAAACAGAGUCAAGUGUU